AUGGAGUCCAUCAUGCCUGCGGAAAUGGUGUAUGCGCGCCUAAAGAAUGGCAGUGGUGGAUCUCGCGUCCGCUGCCAGUCCACCAUCAACGUUUCUCAUGACCAGCAGCCGAGAUACGAGUCGUUCGUUCUUGCGAAUGGCGAGAACAAAGUUGAGAUGGAGAUCGAUACUCGCAUCCCUUCGUCUGCGAUCUUCACCUUCAACAAGGAAGAUCACACAUUGGGGAAUUUGAUCCGCUCUCGCCUCUUGCAAAGCUCCCAUGUUCUCUUCGCUGCGUACAAGGUUCCCCAUCCGCUUGUUCCCAAUUUCCAGCUUCGAGUUCAGACCGAUGGCGAUGUCUCCCCCAAGGAUGCGGUAAUCGCAGCCUGCCAUGAGCUCGUUCGGGACCUGGGUAUUCUCUCCCGGGAAUUUACCAAGGAAUAUGAGCUCCGUAAGAUGGUGGGGGCUACCGCUCAGCAGCAGAAUGGCGUCCAGGAUGGUGUUUAGCCAUCGACAGGUGGAGAUAGAGCAUGAAGAGCUGGGUCAGCGGUCACAUACCCGCUUUCGCUUCGGAUAUACGCAGCUGGUCAUGCGUGUCUUUGUUUCUUGGUCAUACCCUUUAUUCUAUGUUUGUUCUCUUUGCUUCCAGUGAUUAGUCGGACCAAGCCUUUCGCUCCAACCUGCCUCGAGACAAAAUGUCAAUUGCUGCCGUAGCCGUUAAUUAUUCAACUCAUCCCCCCGUCUGUCUCGUUCCCAUUUCUUGUAAAAUUAGGACUGAUAAAUCGAAG